UCAGCGGCUCCACUUCCUGCUCCUCUGCCAACGUCUUGACAACGCAGAUACAGACAUUUUUACAAACUUUUGCGUUAACUUUAAACUAUUCAAAUAACCCUAAACAUCCCCGGAGCGGAGUGAGAGGAGUCGCUGCUCCGCUCGUCGCGUGGCCUUUAGUCCGGAGCGGUUUGUUUUUCAGGGUGUGAGCAGCUGAUCUGUCAUGUGACAAGUUGGCUGCUGCUGCGGAUCGACUCAUGAGUAAAAGUUCUCGGAGUCACUUACCUCGGUUGUAGCUCGCGUGUUGUUUUGUGCAGCGCGAGUUCUCCCCCGGGGGUUGAGAUGGAGGGGAACCGGCAGGACUUCUACAUCGGGCUGUCCCUGGCGCUCAGCUCCAGCCUGUUCAUCGGAGCCAGUUUCAUCCUGAAGAAGAAGGGCCUCCUCAGACUGGCCAGCAAGGGCUCGAUGAGAGCAGGUCAAGGGGGCUAUGCGUACCUGAAGGAGUGGCUGUGGUGGGCAGGACUAAUUUCAAUGGGAACCGGAGAGGCGGCGAACUUCGCUGCGUAUGCAUUUGCACCCGCAACCCUGGUGACGCCGCUUGGAGCAUUGAGCGUUCUUGUGAGCGCUGUGCUCUCCACGUACUUCCUGAACGAGCGGCUGAAUGUGCACGGGAAGGUCGGUUGCUUGCUCUGCGUCUUGGGCUCCACCGUGAUGGUGAUCCACGCCCCGCAGGAGGAGGAGGUGGUUUCCCUCACUUCCAUGGCAGAAAAGCUGAAAGACCCAGGUUUCAUUGUGUUUGCUGUGUGCGUUGUGGGGACCAGCCUGGUUCUAAUCUUUGCUGUGGCCCCGCGGUACGGACAGAGGAAUGUGCUGGUCUACAUCCUGAUCUGCUCUGUGAUUGGCUCCCUCUCUGUGUCUUGUGUCAAGGGCCUGGGCAUUGGCAUUAAGGAGCUGUUUGCCGGGGUGGCGGUGCUGAAGGAACCCCUGUUCUGGUCCUUAGUCCUCUGCCUGGUAAUCUGUGUCAGCGUUCAACUCAAUUACCUGAACAAAGCCCUCGACAUCUUCAACACCUCAAUAGUCACGCCCAUCUACUACGUCUUCUUCACCACGUCUGUCAUGGCCUGCUCGGCGAUCCUGUUCAAGGAGUGGCUGAGGAUGACCAUGGACGAAGUGGUGGGCACGAUUAGCGGCUUCCUCACAAUCAUCUUAGGGAUCUUCCUCAUCCACGCCUUCAAGGACAUUCCAUUCAGCCUGGAUUCAAUUCCGCUGUACCUGAGGAAGGGUCCUCAGGGUUUCCUUGGGGCCACCAGCCGUUACCCGGCUCCUGCCACGGAAGCCAAGCAGACGUUGCUAUGAAGCUGCCAUGAGAAGGAGGCCCACACCAAAGAGCUCCUUAACUGUGUGGUCAAUACUAAGAAAUGUUGCUUUUUGCAAUUCUAAGCUUUAACUUGAAUGUGACAAGUUUGUUUACUAAUCCUUAACUUAACGUUUCUCUUAAACAAAGCCUUGUGCCUUAAAAUGAACUUAACGUUGCCGUCAACACACUGAAGUCUAUGUCAAAUGUAUGUUCAUGUCGUACAGAAUGGUACAGCCAUGUCGUUUUCAUUUGGUUAUUUAUUUGUAGCUAUGUUGCAUUGUGUACAUUUUUUAUGCUAUGUCAAGUGGCUUAAGCCACAUUGUGCCUUGUUACUGAUAAUUUUAACAUUUGGGGUUAUGCACUUUUGACCUUCAUCAAAUACUGUACAAAUCAGAUUUGUGACCAGUAACAGGAAAAAUCUUAAUUUGACUUGAUUGCAUUCAAUCUGUUGUUGAAAUAAUUCUUCUGCAUUACUGUUAAUACCUCAAACAAAUCGCACCAAAGAAUAUAAUUUCCCUGUAUGAAUUCCCAAACGUGUGACAAAUCUCCGGUGUAGCGGUAGUUUUGUUUUUUCACAGUGCUGAUUAAAACAUAACUACGACAUGA